GCCGCCUCUGCACGCAAGCAACCACUGACCACUUGAAUAAUGUAUUUUUGUUGCCAGCCUCCUGGAAACAGCCUCAGUUACGGUCAACAACAAAUCCGACACUGGCUGCACCGGCGUGUCUCGGUAACUCGAGGCCACCACAACAACAACACAGGAACCAUCACAAGAUGCGUAACUCCGCACGACACUGAAGGGACGAACCCAAAUUCCACAUUUCUUUUCUUUCCCUUGCAAACUCCGGUGGAGAGCUCAGGAUGGGAUGUUCCACAAGCUCCCAGACUUCAGCGGUGGACUCGACCAAACCUGGAAUUAAACCAAAGGAGAGCAAUGGAACCAACACUACAGACACAGUGACGGCCAAUGGGAAUGCGGACAGCAGGACCGUUCCCGACCAGAUGCCGGCAGACUCCUCCGAUGUGAAGCCCACUGACGAUACGGCGACGGCAACAGCGCAGGAGGAGGAACUGCAGCUGAUGGAUGCCGAGGCAGAUGCCGCUCCUUCCGAGCCUCCGGCAGAGGCACCUCCAGAAAAUGCCUCAGCUCAAGCAGAAGCCACCGAUUCGACGGAACCAAAGCAAGAAACAACAGAGACACCAGCUUCAAGUGACUGAUGAGUCACAUCACCCACCAGACUGUACACAAACUUUCAUAUUGCCAAGAUGGAGAAGCUGUGACAUCAUCACUGUGUGCCUUCCCACACCGCGACAGCACUUAAUCCAUUUGAGAGAACGUUUUGCAUUUAUAGCCAAAUGCCAAAAAUUAUGAAUCAAUAUGGAUGUUAUUACCGUAAAAAGUGAAUGUUGGACACUUCAGUGCCCUACUAUAGUGGAAAAAUAAAUAUUUUAAAUUAAAUACAACUUUUUAUCCAAAAGAAAACGUUUGCUGCAAGUUGCAACAGCUGUCCCCUAUUUCAGCAGUUUACUAUUCUUACAGCAGGUCAAACAACCAGUAGAUUCCUUUAUUAUCAAAAGUAAUAUAAAAUAAUAAAAUUACAAUUAAUUUCCAUUCAUUUUCUUUCUCGCUCACUCGCUUUUUUAUUUUUUAAACAUUUCCGCAACACAUGUUAAACAUAAUUAAGAGUGAUUCAAAAUAUGUAAUAAAUAACCAAAUUCAAAACACUUCUUGGCCAUUUUUUUUUUUUAUUUGAGAUUGUUUUACAGUUGCAUGAAUGAAAGCCACUUAUGGCACAGCGUUACAUGACUUUGUUUUAAUUGUGUAACUCGUCAAACAUUGUACCACAGUCCAAAGAACUGGCAAAUUACGUGCUUUCUUCCAUUUUGUGGGGUUCUCUGUCAUUAGGCCAGUAUUGAAAGCGGCUGUACGAGCCUAGAGACAAAUUUAGAAAUCACAAAAUGCAUG